AUGACCACGCAGAAAGCGGUACUACUUCCAGAGAAGUUUGGAGAAUUCGUACUUGGCGAUACCAAGAUCCCUACCCCAGGACCCGGCGAGGUUCUCAUUCGAGUCAAAUCCGUUGGCCUGAAUCCUGUCGACUGGAAGAUACAACGCUUUGGAAUAUACGCAAACGAGUUUCCCGCCAUCCUGGGCCUGGACAUUGCCGGUGACAUCGAGGAGAUUGGCGAAGGUGUGACGAAUCUCCAGAAGGGAGAUCGUGUAUUCACGCAUGGCGGGUUUGAGAAUGAUCACAAUGGGUUCCAACAGCUGGCUAAGGCUGAUCCGAACCUUCUAGCCAAGAUCCCUGACGGUUUCUCAUACGAUGACGCUGCAACUCUCCCAACUGCUCUCACCACUGCGUAUCUCGGUCUCUACAAUAUCCACCCGAUAGGCCUCGGCCUGACGCCUCUCUUCAACCCUGGAGGCAAAGGCGCCUAUGUCGACACGCCGCUUGUAAUCAACGGAGGAUCAAGUUCUGUUGGUCAACUGGUUAUCCAGUUUGCCAAGGCAUCCGGAUUCAACCCCAUCAUCACGAUUGCCUCGUCCAAGCACAACCAACACUUGACCAGCCUUGGUGCGACGCACGUUAUUGACCGCCACGCCUCCCCCGAAACCAUCAUUGAAGAAAUUAGGAAGAUCUCCAAAGUACCUGUUCGAGCGAUCUAUGAUGCUGUUGGUGGCGACGAGAUCCAGAAAGCCCUGCUCGAGCUUCUACCGCCUGAGGGAAAUUUCGUCUACACCGCAGGGCUGAAUGCAGACACGUCGGGCAAAACAGUCUCAAGGGUGUUUAGUAUGCGAACGUAUCCUGCCAAUGCCCCUUAUCUACCCACACUAUGGGCAAACGCUUCUGCUUUACUCAGCGACGGCACUAUCCAGGUAGGCACCUUUGCCCUUGCUACGAUGGGAGUGUCGCUGAUGUAUGACACCCUGUUCUCGCAGCCACUCAAAGCAGAGGUGCUACCAGGAGGGUUAGCAGGUGUUCCAGACGGUCUAAAGCGGUUGGAGAAGGGGGUAUCGGGCAUCAAACUCGUAGCACAUCCAAAUGAAACCCCAUGA